AUGGCCGGGCUUCUCCACUUCUUAGUUAUUGCCAGUUUUGUGUGGAUGCUGCUGGAGGCCCUGCAGCUCCACCUGCUGGUCCGAAGGCUCUCCAAGGUGCAGGUCAUCCAGAGGGAUGGCCUCCCUCGGCCAAUUCUCUACCUGAUUGGCUAUGGGGUUCCAUUUGUGAUCGUGGGUGUUUCUGCACUGGUGUAUUCUGAUGGAUAUGGUGCUACUGAGGCAGAGGUGUGCUGGCUCUCAAGACGGCGCAAUUUCAACUGGGCUUUAACAGGGCCCGUGAUUUUUAUGAUUGCAUCUAAUUGGGUGUUGUUCUGUGCUACUCUAUGGAGUCUGAGACCCACCUUGGCCAACAUGAAAAGUGUUGUUUCUCAAUCCAAAGACACCAGGUUGAUUGUGUUCAAGAUCCUGGCCCAGUUUGUCAUACUGGGCUGUACCUGGAUUCUUGGCCUGUACCAGACGAACCUUUUCUUUCAGGUCCUCUUCAUUUUCCUCAACUCCCAGCAGGGCACCUUCCUCUUCAUCGUCCACUGUCUGCUCAAUAAGGAGGUGCGAGAGGAGUACAUUAAAUGGCUGACAUGCUCUUUUGGAAAAGACAGAAAUGUGGUGAGUCCCUGGAAAUGCAAAUGA